AUGCUCUUGCCCAUCGACACGAGGAAUUCUAUCUACGAGAAGAUUAUCCAGGACGGUGUUCUGACGGCAAGGAAUGAUAUACGGCCGUGUUACAUGCAUCCAACCAUUAACACCCGGAAUCUCUAUGUUAUCAAGACGAUGCGUUCACUAAAGUCUCGCGGGUGUGUUCGUGAACAAUACGCAUGGCGGACGUACUAUUGGUUUCUUACCAACGACGGCCUGACACAUUUACGAGAGGUUCUGCACCUCCCAUCUGACAUUAUUCCCGCAACGAUGAAGCAGCCUCCGCGAGAUAUACGCGCUAUGGGACUUGGUAUGGAGCCGGCUGGUAGAGGAGGCCCAUCUGAUGGUCGCAUGGCCUUCCGACGCGGUCCUGUUACCCCCGGUGCACCAGGUUUCGGUAUGCCAGGCAAAGACGCCGCAUUCGGGGAUGGGGAGAUUCAAUUCCGUGGUGGAUACGGUCGUGGAAGACCUCUGUAA